AUGUCGGCCUCCGCGCCUCGCUCUGGCGAGCGCGUGAUUCACACCCAAGACUUCAUCGCUCGCAUUCGCUAUUCCAAUGCUCUCCCUCCGCCGCCGAACCCCCCCAAGCUUCUCGAUAUUCCAAACACAGGCCUUUCCAGUGGCCAAUAUACGACGCCGGGAUUCGCGUCGAGGCUGGCGCGAGAACAGCCGCUCAACAUUGAAGCUGAUGCUGAGCUCGGCAUGCCCCUAGACUUGGUGGGCAUGCCUGGUGUUUUCGAUGGCGACGAGAGUUCUAUUCAGGCAUCCGCACAAGCACCGCCUGUGCAUCCCCACGACAAACCGUUGCUAAGACCCAUCGCUGCGCUCGGCAAGCCCAAGGUCGCCGAAGCCAACGUGUCCUUCCUCCGCCGCACCGAAUACAUCUCCUCGCUCGCGACGAAGAGGUUCGAGGGCAACAGCCCGCGCGCGCUGCUGAUGAAGGCCAAGCGGCCGCUGCCGCGCCAGGCCGAAGCGGCCGCCGACGCGCCGCAGACCAUCAAGCGCAAGAUUGAGCGCUCGUUUGACGUGGCCGAGCAGGAGGCACAGGAUCCCAAACGCGCCCGGCACCCGACCAAGAAGCACCUCAAGGCCGUCGAGGUGACGCCGCUGCUGCCGGACCUCGACGCCUUCCCCGACUCGGGCGCCUACGUCACCAUCAAGUUCCUCACGAACCCCAUGGCCGGCGCCGGCAGCAAGUACGACCCGCGCCUUCUCAGCAGCCUCUUCCGACCCAUUGACAAGACGCGCGAGGAGGAGGCCUUGUACGAGGCCGCCCUGGCCGCGCACGAGGCCGACCCUGUCGGCCACGCCAAGCCCCAAAACCUCAUGAACUACGACUUUUAUCUCGGCGACGGGCCCGCGGUCGGCAAGAACUUUGGCCGCAAGUUUGACGUUGACGACCCCGAGCACGACGAGGACGCGCUGUACACGGACCGGGCCGGCGGCUGCUUCCAGUUCAACCGCGUACGCGCGUACGAGACGGCGCAGGAGAUUGAGCUCGACCACCUCACAAAGUACCAGGACGAGGUGCUGCUCGCCUUCAACGACGACGAGAGCUACCCGCGCCAGCGCGCCGUCUACUACUACCCCGUCAUGCAAAAGUCCACCAUCCGGCCCCAGCGCACCAAGAACAUUGCCCGCACCGCCGGCAUCUACGAGGAGGAGCAGACUGUCGACCAGCUCGACAUUACCGUCGAGGACCCCACCGAGGAGAUGCGCGACGCCAUGAAGCGCUACCGCGCCCAGCCCCUCGGCUGGGAGCAGGAGGCGGAGGAGGAGGAGGAAGAACUGGUGCCGCAGGAGGAAGAGGAAGAGGAGGAGGAGCCGCUGGUGGAGCAGCCGGAGGAGGACGCCGACGCCGAGGAGACCACUACGAGGCAUCGCUCGCCAGAGGAGGAAGAGGAGGCGGAUGCUGACGCUGACGAAGAUGAAGAUUAA